CUGUACACUGGAGUGAUUUGCUCCACACCCGUUCGAUAUGAUAAAAAUUCUGCCUCUCUCUCUCUCUCUCUCUCACAUCCCAAAUCGUGAUCAAGCGUCUCCGCUCCAAACCCUAGAAAUCGUCGCCUUCUUUGAUUCGCCGAGAACCCUCGUCCCUAUUUGGAUCAACCACUAAAAGACCCCUUGCUUUCUUCUUCUUCAGAACUCAACAACAAAUCAAAACAGAAAAGACAAAAAGAAACCCUAGAAAGAAAACAAAAUGUUCUUUCACAUUCAAUUAGAGCGCAACAUGCAACUCCACCCCCGCCAUUUUGGGCCCCACCUCCGCGACAAGCUCGUCGCCAAGCUCAUGAAGGACGUCGAAGGCACCUGCAGUGGACGACAUGGGUUCGUCGUGGCUAUCACCGGCGUCGAUGACAUUGGAAAGGGCCUCAUCAGGGAGGGUACUGGAUUUGUUACUUUCCCUGUCAAGUAUCAAUGCGUUGUUUUCAGACCUUUUAAAGGGGAGAUUCUUGAAGCUGUAGUUACUAUGGUCAAUAAGAUGGGUUUCUUUGCGGAAGCGGGACCGGUUCAGAUCUUUGUGUCUAAUCAUUUGAUCCCUGAUGAUAUGGAGUUCCAGUCAGGAGAUGUUCCAAACUACACUACAUCAGAUGGAUCGGUGAAAAUUCAAAAGGAGUGUGAAGUACGAUUGAAGAUAAUUGGAACCCGUGUUGAUGCCACCGAAAUCUUCUGCAUCGGCACAAUAAAAGAUGAUUUCUUGGGCGUGACUAGUGAUCCAGGGGCAGCGGCAUGAGGAGCCAUCUUUUCGAAGAAGAAACAUUUCUUUAAAAAAGAAAUUGCUUGUGUGUCAAGUACCCAAAGUGAUUGGAUAUUAUCAACGUAAUUUUAUAACUAUCUUAUAUAACACCAUUCUUGUAUUAUAUGAAGAUUGGGUAUGUGUGAUUGAUACAUUUCUUAAGAGAGGUGAUCUUCGGAUGGUCAUUGUUGUUUAUAAGACGCAAACGUUUUUGUAUCCUGAACUAUGAAUUUUGUAUCAGUCUUUUCUGAUGGUUCUCAAGUAAACAGGCAAACAAUAGAAGAUUUCAGCGGAAGUUUUUCCUUUUC